AGGACCCACUGCAGGAGGCGGGGCCUCGGCUCCGCUCGCUGCCCCUGGCGAAGGCGGACCUAGGGAGGAUUGCCUGACCUGUGGCGACUUGCCCAGUCAAAGGGUGACAAGGGGCGGGGUGUGACCCUGCCCUCCAGGGAGUUCGAAGGUGGCCGUGAUGGUGGCCCUGCCCAAGUAACUGGUGUUUUCUGGGCUCCGAACGCAGACCUCCCCCGCCCCCUUCUCCAGCGACCCUCGGGCAAGAACCUGCGUGCGUGCACCCCGCUGGAAUCCCCUCGGACCCUCGGACCCGGCCUCGGACGCCGUCCCUCCGCGGCCGCUGAGUGGCGCUGACGUCUAGCCAGCGACCUGAGCCGGCCCAGGAGUCGGGGAUCGUGGAGGCGCCGAGGGGGGCUUCCCUUGUCACAGCAGUCUAAGCUGCUCGUAGCCUUUCCCUAUUUUUCUGGGGCCCCCAACCUCGACCGGGGCUUGAAGGGUUCCACCCAGCUUGGGGGAGCUGGUGCGCACGCUUUUCUACAUCCCAACCCACGCUUUGAUAUAAGGAUAAAAAGCCGUGUUGUAGCCUGGGGCCGGAUUAUCUCAGAUUAAAGGAUGGGGCUCGGCUGGGGGAAGAAGGGAGGGAGGGGUUCCAGCCACCCGGGUGAGGGGCGCCUCUUCCCUGCCUCCUGCGAGCUGGGGGAGGGGGUCUGCAGGGGAGAGAGUAAAAGGCUCCAGAUGGAGAGGGAUUCCCCGGCCUGGGCGGGGGAAGGGCCGUGCAGACAAAAGCGCGCUCCCGCGGCCGCCCCUCCCCCUGGCGCUCCAUUCAAGCCGGAGAGUGGGCGGGCGGGGAUGGGGGAGUCCCCUCCCGGCCCUUUCCUCCCCUUCCCCUCCCCCCCAGCCCCGGAGUCCAGCGCUUUCAGUGGCCGUCACAGCCCGGGCACGCGCGUUCCCCGACCAGCACGCGGCUGGUCUCACAAUCGUGCUUACACACAUUCAUUCACACGCACGCACGCGCGCACACACACGCACACCAGCAAACAAAGGGUCUGGACACCCCUGUCCCCCACCCCCGGCCGAGGAGAGGGGGGCGUCCCCUCCCUAUCCCCCCCUGCAAGGAGACUGGAGCUGCCUGACACCCGCGAAACAGGGUCUCAGGAGCUCCCUGUCCGGGCCCCGGAAGCUUCCUCCAUCCGCGCCGGGCAUUUCCUAAUCUCCGCCGGUGCUGCGUCGCCAGUCGAGCCCCGGAGUAACUUUGCAGGACCCCUCGGCCUCCCAUCCCCGGACCCCGCAUCAGUUCAUCCUGCCGCGUCUCGUCCCUGUGGAGGGGGUGUAGGGAGGGCUGGAAACGCUUUGGGGUCUACUCCUGCUGCUUCUGGUGCAUCCCACAGCCUACACCAUUCAGCUGCGCCCCCACCCCCAAGCCGCAAGCCGCUUUGCCUUCCUGGGCCUCAAUUUCCCCAGCUGCUAAGGGAGUAAUGAAUGACACAUUGAGAAUUCGGG